UGCUGCAGGGCCUUGUGUACCACUUCUGCACCACUGAAGGCCUCUGGCUGCACAAGGACAACUCCAGCCUGCCCUGGAGGGACCAGUUGGAGUGCGAGGAGUCCAAGCGAGAGGAGAGUGACUCCCCGGGGGAGCAGCUCCUGUCCCUUUACGUCGUCUACACGGUGGGCUACGCACUCUCCUUCUCCACUCUGGUCAUCGCCUCAGCCAUUCUCCUCGGCUUCAGUCUUCAGCUCAUCAAAUGCUAUAAUGUGCCAGAUGGCGAAGAAGAUAAGCGCGGCGGUGAGCAGCAGCGCCAGCAUGACUCUCUGGGCUGCCGCCUGGUGUUCCUGCUCAUGCAGUACUGCGUGGCGGCCAAUUACUACUGGCUGCUGGUGGAGGGCGUGUACCUGUACACGCUGCUGGCCUUCUCAGUCUUCUCCGAGCAGCGCGUCUUCAGGCUCUAUCUGACAAUAGGCUGGGGUGUUCCCCUGCUGUUUGUUAUCCCUUGGGGCGUUGUCAAGUACCUCUAUGAGGAUGAGGGCUGCUGGACCAGGAACUCAAACAUGAAUUACUGGCUCAUUAUCCGGCUGCCCAUUCUUUUUGCCAUUGGGGUGAACUUUCUCAUCUUUGUCCGGGUCAUCUGCAUCGUGGUGUCCAAACUGAAGGCCAAUCUCAUGUGCAAAACAGACAUCAAAUGCAGACUUGCCAAGUCCACGCUGACGCUCAUCCCCCUGCUGGGGACCCACGAGGUCAUCUUUGCCUUCGUGAUGGACGAGCAUGCCCGGGGGACCCUGCGCUUCAUCAAGCUGUUCACAGAGCUCUCCUUCACCUCCUUCCAGGGGCUGAUGGUGGCUGUCUUAUACUGCUUUGUCAACAAUGAGGUCCAGAUGGAGUUUCGGAAGAGCUGGGAGCGCUGGCAGCUUGAGCAACUGCACAUCCAGAGGGACAGCAGCAUGCAGCCCCUCAAGUGUCCUCCCACCAGCAGCCUGAGCAGUGGGGGCACGGUGGGCAGCAGUGUGUAUGUGGCCACCUGCCAGGCCUCCUACAGCUAA